CACAACAUCAUAUAUGUAAUGCUGUGCAAUUAAAGAUUAAACUGGAUUUCUAUUGAUUGGAGGGAGAGGAUUCCCCAAUGUUGAUUGGUGCCUAUUGCUCUUACUGGAGAUCUUUUCUUUGAAUGGAUGGAAAGGAUGCUUAAAGUAUACAACUACUUAUGUAUUCUCUUUGUGUAGCUUUCUGUAAAAGGUUAUAAUGACAAGCAACAUAUUCUACUGAAGAAGAUCAUUGAGAAAAUGGCUACCUUCGAGGUCGAUGAAAAGCGGUUUGAAAUUAUCAAGGAGGCGUAUAUGCGAUCACUUAACAACUUUCGAGCUGAACAGCCACAUGAGCACGCAAUGUAUUACCUUCGGCUCUUAAUGACAGAAGUUGCAUGGACCAAAAAUGAAUUAAAAGAAGCUUUAGAUGAUGUCACUCUUCCUCGCCUCAAGGCCUUUAUUUCACAACUGUUGUCACGGUUACAUAUUGAAGCACUUCUCCAUGGCAAUAUAACAAAACAGGCUGCACUAGGAGUUAUGCAAAUGGUUGAAGACACUCUGAUUGAGCAUGCUCAUACAAUACCUUUGCUUCCCAGCCAGCUAGUAAGAUAUAGGGAAGUACAGCUGCCUGAUAGAGGAUGGUUCGUCUAUCAACAGAGGAAUGAAGUUCAUAAUAAUUGUGGAAUAGAAAUAUAUUAUCAAACGGAUAUGCAAAGCACUUCGGAGAAUAUGUUUCUGGAGCUCUUCUGUCAAAUUGUCUCAGAGCCUUGCUUUAAUACUCUGCGCACUAAGGAACAAUUAGGUGAGCUUUUGUUUAUAUGUGUCUCUGAUAAGAUCACUAUAUAUUUUAAAUCAAUUAUUAUAAGCUAAUUUGCUGUUGCAACCUUUCAUUAAGAAUCCCACCUAUAGCACAACAUUAAAGAACAAAUGAUUGAUAAUCAGCUAUUUAGGGCUGUGUGGUUUAUUUACUUAACUGAUUUUGCUGCCUUUGUGAGAACACAAGGUCUCAAAAACACUCCAAACUAAAAUGUGAUCAUGUUUGGUUCUCAAUAAAACUGAAAGAAAUGGCGGGAAGCAGAUGGAUGCUUAGUCUAGAACUCACAAUCUCAUGGGCUUUGAAAUAAAAAUAAAACAUACUAAAAGCAUAAUA